ACGGCAGCAGCGACAUCCCAGCUUCUGCAUGUAAGACGCCUCUUUCAAGUUUGUCUGCACCUUAGGGGGACGAUGCGGCUCUAAAUGGUCAUGAUGGAGUACAACAACCCCCGUCCCCUGGGGAGGCUCAGCUGUGCGUCUGUCACGCUCUCUUACCUUCUCCUUCCAGCUGCUGAGGAAAUCUUCUGCUGUCAGGACCGGUCUGGAUCAGGAAGUGAAUCCGAGGACCAGCCAUGCUAUCCACCGCCGUGCAGAUCCUGGCAUUUGCCCUGGCUGUACUGGGCGUAGUGGGUGCCACCGUGGCCACACUGCUUCCCAACUGGCAGGUGAGCAUCAAGGUGUGGUCCAGCAUGGUGGCCCCCAUGUGGCACACACGGGGGCUGUGGAUGGACUGCGUGUGGUACAGUGCCGGAGUCUUCAGCUGUACCAUGAAGAACUCCCUCCUGUCCCUGCCCCCUUACCUGCAGACCACCAGGGCCGCCAUGGUCCUGUCUUGCAUUGUGGCGGUCUUUGGACUGUGCCUGGCCUCUCUGGGCCUCAAGUGCACUCGCUGGGGGGGCAGCCACCAGGCCAAGGGGCACACGGCCAUCGCUGCAGGGGCUUGCUUCAUCCUGGCCAGUGCACUCUGCAUAGGCCCCGCCUCCUGGUUCACCUCGGAGGUCGUUGCCGCCUUCCUGAGCACCGACUUACCCGACGGCAGCAAAUACCAGCCGGGGGGGGCGCUCUGCGUCACCUUCCUCUCUGCCGGCUUCCUUCUGGCUGGGGGGGUUAUCUUCUGCCUGUCCUGUCCGGGGCAAGGAUCGGUCCAGCUGGACUACCCGUCCCCUGUGGACCCAGACAGAUUUAUUCUGACCCGAGAGAAGCGUCGCCGUCCAAAAACAGCUGACAUGACAGACAUGACAGCACAGAAGAAGACCUACGUCUUUCUCUCCAAAGUGUCUCCCAAAGACCUGAAGGACAGUUACACUCUGCAGGAGUACGUCUGACCCACACCAAAGACCUCCGGGACUUUCAUGUUUUUUAUGACAGAGACAAAAAAUUGUGUGAGACGAUUAAAGUUGCCUUCUAUCCAGUCCUGACAUGACAACAAUCCCGAAAGCCAUCCCGAUCCCACAGCCUGCACAUCCACAUCCACUCCGUCUUUUCCUGAAGGCCCGGGAGGACACCAGCGAGGCGGCGCAGCGUGGAGGACGCUAAUGAUGCUAUUUGCUUUCCAUUAUCUUCCGACACGCCUCUGUGCACACACACACACACACACACACACACACACACACACACACACACACACACACACACACACACACACACACACACACACACACACACACACCCCUAUGCACACAUGAGCAUCAAUGAAUGUUCCAGAGGACAUCUGAAUGGGCGUUUUUUUUUUCAGCAGAGCAGUCAAUCACGCUGUCUCUCAGGAAACGACAAUUUCAAAGCUAAUCUUUUACUUUCGUGUUUGUCUCGUGCAGAUAUUUCACGUAAAUGUUCAAACAUGUUUAAAGAUGAAAGAACAAUCUUGU